CUUAAGAGAGAGAGAGAGAGAGAGUGAGUGUGUGUGUGUGUGUGUGUGUGUAUGAGUGAACCACUAUUAGUCUGCGGACUGGAGGCUCAAAACAGCGGGAGAGAUAAAAGAUAGAGAGUGCAAUUGAGUGUGUGUGUGUUUGAGAGGGAGCGAGAGUGAGCGAGAGAGAGAGAGAAAGAAAGAAGAAAAAAAAAAGAGAGAGAGAGAGUGUGUGUGAGAGAGAGAGGGGGCAAUCAUUCAGCCAUGGCAAAUAUCGCUGUGCAGAGGAUCAAGCGAGAGUUCAAAGAAGUGCUGAAAAGCGAAGAGACAAGUAAAAAUCAAAUAAAGGUAGACCUAGUGGAUGAAAACUUUACAGAGUUAAAGGGGGAAAUAGCAGGACCACCAGACACGCCGUAUGAAGGGGGCAGAUAUCAGUUAGAAAUCAAGAUCCCUGAGACAUAUCCCUUUAAUCCACCCAAGGUGCGGUUUAUUACUAAGAUCUGGCAUCCCAAUAUAAGUUCAGUUACCGGGGCAAUAUGUUUGGACAUUUUAAAAGACCAAUGGGCUGCUGCUAUGACUCUGCGAACAGUUCUUCUCUCACUACAGGCUCUGUUAGCUGCUGCAGAGCCAGAUGACCCUCAAGACGCUGUGGUAGCCAAUCAGUAUAAGCAGAAUCCAGAAAUGUUCAAACAAACCGCUCGUCUCUGGUCUCAUGUUUACGCUGGCGCUCCAAUGUCUAGUCCAGAGUACACACGCAAAAUAGACAAACUUUGUGCGAUGGGCUUUGACAAAAAUGCAGUAAUAGUAGCUUUGUCCUCAAAAUCAUGGGACGUGGAGACGGCGACAGAGCUGCUACUUAGCAACUGAUCAUCCAUUUCUCUUCACCAGGCCAUAUUCUCCCCAAACCUGCCCUUGUCAUGACCCAUUCACUCACACACAUCACCUAUCUUGGUUUUCUGUUCAGAAUUAAUCUUUUGGUAAGAGUUCUGAAAUGUUCCAGAGGCAGCCGUUAAGAUCAGCAUCAUCAUCUGUCUGUCAUAGCAAAUGUUCUCGCCCCUUGUCAUUUUGACUUUUUGCCUUGCCACAAUCAUUUCUCCCCCUCAUGUUUAGGCUGUCACUUCCCUUUUAAAGAAAUCAAACCUAACAAUGCCUGCGUAUCACUGUCAUAUCAUACUAAAAGAAAUGAGAGAACAUCCACUAGCAUCUGUGAAACAUUGCUAGUAUGUAAAUUAGUAUUUAAGGAUGUGUACAUCAAAGAGGCAAAAUAGCAAUUUGUUUCUAUGUGUACAUCAUAAAAAGUUUUGGGACAUGCUUAUUUGAAUGGUAUACUUGGCAUAUAAAAACCUAAAUCCUUUGAGAUUGAUAGUACACCUCUUUAAUGCCCAAAUGUGUGGCUUUGAAAAAUAUUUGUUGGCCUUUUUCUUUUUUUUUGUUGCACUAAUUAAGCCCUUUAUAACAGUUGACAAGGCCAGGUGACGGUGUUAUAUUGCGAGCGUAGACGAAGUUUCAGACUCAUUGACGUGUUCAUAUGUUUUAAAUGAAUAUGAGAUUGACCCCUUUCACUUUAUUCUUUUUUUUGUUUUUGGAAAUGGGGAGGAUAUAGAAUAAGUGUUCACAAACGCUUUCUCUAUCUCCUUUUAAGGCAGCUGUAGGGGUUGCCACUUCUUAAUCAUUGACAGACCUAACUUGAGUCGCCUCAAGUUUUUUUUUGAAGAAUGUAUUCUAUUAAAAAGUUACAUGUCAUUUAAUAACACCUAUAAAAAAAAACUUUGUACAUGUGGAGACAAGGAGGUGAAUAUAUGAGUCUUUUUUCACUCUCUUUUCAAGAUUGGCUUUUUUGUGGCAUAAUCAAGAUCUUUUGCUGAUGAGACAUGUUUGUUUAAUUUGGCAUUAAAAUGUCUGGCAUUAAAAGAUAAUAAUUUCAUAUUUGCAAUGUAACAUCAUUGUGAGUUUGGGGUUAGUCUACAAAGAUGCUUCAAAGCAAAAUGGGCCAAGAGUGAGUACUGCCACGUGAUGCUUUGUAAACUUUUUUUUUCCUCAUUUUGCUGAGUGCCCUCACUCUAUUUGAUAGCAUUCCCCAAUCACCCCCCCCCCCAACUUUUUUUUUUUUAUAUAUUUUUUUUUAUAAAUGCAAUCCCUCUUAUUUACCUAUUUUCUCAUGUACAUAUAGCCAAGUUUUCUUUUGGGAAAAGUACUGUUUAUCUCUAGAAUGCACCAUUGAUUGCUGGAUUUAUAUUUUGUAUGGAAAAACAAAAAUAACACAAAAAGCAAAAAGACUGUCUUCCCGUAGUGAUCACCUUGUUCAAUAUUGCACGAAGAAGUGAAUUAAAGAACAACAAUUUCUGUCAAAGGAGAAAUGCAGGUCAUGGGCUCUGGGUUUAGUCACUUUAAGCUCCUUUACAAAAUCAGACAGACAAAAACAAACCUACUCGAGCCAUACAAGCAUGGUUAUUUAUUGUGAAACCGUCAUUCUUUUGAAUUAAAAAAGGUGAAAAAAAAAAUCUAACUUGUGUUGAGUAAUAUGUAAAUGUAUUCUCUGCUCUCAUUUUGAUUUGACCACCUUAUUUGACAUUAGUAGGUGUCUCUUAAGUUUUUCAGAGUUAAAAUACAUUCAUUUCCUUUAGCACACGAUACGAGUGAUAUACACAACUUUUAAGUGCUUUUCGGCCUUGACAGUCACAAUCCUCUAACGGAUGAAAAAGAAAAGUCAUACUGGUUUUGAACAAUGACAAAGGAGAGGAACUGAUGGCAGAAAUUUUCAUUAUUGGGUAAGCUAUUAUAGUGGCAAGAAAAAGUAUGUGAACCCUUUGGAAUUUGCUGGUUCUCUGCAUUAAUUGGUCAUAAAUGUGAUCUCAUCUUCUUUAGUCACAAAUAUAGACAAAGCAAAAUGUGCUUAAUAAGCUAAUAGCACACAAUUAUAAUCUUUCAUGUCUAUAUUGAACACAUAACAGUAACAGUACUAUGGGAAAACUAAGUGAAUCUCUAGGCUAAGAAUGUCAAAAAGAGCUGCAGUCAGCAAAUAUGGCAUCCAAUUAAUAAAACAAAAUUGGAGGUAUAGGUUAGAGCUACUUUGACUUAUAAAAAACAUUUUGAGUUUGCUAUUCACAAUAAGCAUCUGCUAAGGUAUACCAUGCCUCGCAAAAAAAGAUUUCAGAGGUCCUAUGAUCAAGAAUUGUUGCUUUUCAUGAAGUUGGAAAGGGUUACAAAGUUAUUUUAAAGAGCUUAGAUAUUCAUCUGUGCACAGUUAGACAAACUGUCUAUAAAAGGAGAUGAUUUGGUACUGUGGAUACUUUCCCUAGAAGUGGCCAUCCAGUCAAGAUGACUCAAAGGGCAAACUGCAGAAUGCUCAGUGAGGUAAAAAAAAAAGAACCCUAAAGUGACAACUAAAGAACUGAAUGAAUCAUUGGAACUGGUUAACAUCUGUUUAUGUGUACUUUACAGAAAACAUUAAAACAGACAUGGUGUCUAUGGCAGGACACCAUGAAUGUUUUACAACAAAAACAUUGCUGUGCAAAUGAAGUUUGCCAAAGUCCACCCUGACACUCAAAAUAUUAUGGACAGAUGAAACUAUGGUUUGUUUGAGAACAACGAGCAGCACUACGUAUGGCGUAAAAAGGGCACCAUAUACCAACAUAACAUCAUUCCAACGGUGAAGUAUCACAAUUUCGGGCUGCUUUACUGCCUGGACUGUUUGCCGCCAUCAAGGGGAAAUUAUAGGUAUUUCAAGAUAUCCUACAUGAUUAUGUCAGGGUGACUGUGCAUCAGCUGAAGCUCAGUGAUGCAGCAGGACAAUGACCCAAAACAUCAAAGUAAAUCCACUACAGAAUGUCUUCAAAAAAGGAAAAUCCACCUUUUGGAGUGGCCCAGUCAGAGCCCAGAAAUGAACCCAAUAGAGAUGCUGUGGAAUGACCUCAAAGGAGCCAUUCACACCAGGCAUCCUAAGAAUAUGGCUGUGCUGAAGCAGUUCUGAAAGGAAGAAUGGUCCAAAAUUCCUUCUGAACUUUGUGCAGGUCUAAUCCGCAACUAUCGGAAAUGCUUGGUUGACGUUAUGGCUGCCAAAGGAGGAUCAGACAGUUAUUAAAUCCUUGGUUUAAAUUUUUUCCGCAGCACUGUGAAUGUUUAAUGGGAUGUGUACAAUAAAGACAGGAAAGAUUAUAAUUGUCUGGGUGUUGUUAGCCUAAGCACAUUGGGUUUGUCUAUAGUGGUGACUUUGACGAGAUCACAUUUUAGGACCAAUUAAUGCAGAAAAGCAGCUAAUUCCAAAGGGUUCACAUACUUUUUUUUGCCACUUUAUAUUAAAAUUGCUCAUGCAGCAGUAUCAGCUUUUAGUUAUUCUAUGUUCUAAAAGAAUAAAGGCAUUAUUAAAAUCUAUGUAUUUAUGUAACAAAAAAGUAUAAUAACAGAAAAAUGUAAGCCUAGUGACAAAGUUCAUUCAGAAUUUUUUCAAUUAACUUUUCAUUAUUCAGCAGAAUAGAAAACUGAAAGAAUGCAUUCAGUUUUCAUUUCAUUUUUUAAUACAACUUUUGUCAUGACAUUAAGUUGAAAUAAAAAGCAGUCAAUCUUUUAAAAGCAUUUUUCCCAAUAAAAAAAACUUUAAACAAUUUUCGAUCAGAUUGUGGGGUGGGGGGCACAAAAUAAUUUCUUUUAAAGUGGAGCAUACUAAACCACUGUAUUAAACUGAAAUGAGACAAACAUUAUGAAGAGAUUUUUCUUGUGAAAAUAUGAAGCCAUCUGAACUAUUGAUAUUUUUUCUAUUUUAACUGACCAAAAUCAAAUGUUUUUUAAAUAUCCUUUAAAAACACAACAUUUAAAUUUUACUAAAACAACAUUUCUAAAUUGUUAUGGUCUGACGCAUUAAAACGUUUUUCCAGGUCAAGAGAGACGGAGCGCGAAGACACAAUGAUGGCAAUAAUUUGGGUAUUACAUUUAGUAAGUCUCAUUAACUAAACAACCGUAUGAGGAAUUCAUGCUCAUUCACACCCAAGUAUAAACAGCAGUAUAA